UGUGCAAUAAUUUAUUUCAAUUUUGCACUGAUUACUUAUCACUUAUCAGUGAUGUCAUCAUGACUUUAUGCUGCAGGUUCUUCACCUAUUAGAAGCUUAGUGGGCCGGUGUGCGCGGUGAGCCAGCGCCCAGGGCGGCGCCGGUACGGUCCGGGUGAGGCGCAGCGGGCCGCCGGGCGCUCCCUGCCGCCUCGCCAUGGAGCUGUCGCCGACCUACUCCGAGUCGCCGCCGGACGGCUCGGUAGCAGCCGCCUGCUGCGACUUCACCACCUGCUGCUACUCGGGCCUGUGCGCCGUGCUCUGCUUCACCGGCGUGGCCAUCACGUUCAUCUUCAGCUCUGCGCCGGACCAGGACGCGGGCCUGGGUGUGGCGACUCCACAGACCUGGCUGCUCGGGCCUGUUCUCAUCCUACUCAGUGUGCUGGUGGCCGUCAAAACGCUGAUGCACGUGCGCAAGCAGCGGCUGCGUCUGGCCGGUGGCCGGCAGCGGCGGCGCAGACGGCGGCGUCGGCCUGACUCGCUGGACCAGGCCGAGCUCGAGUCGGGCUUGGAGCUGUCGCUGCCGCCGCGCGGACACGACCUGCCGCCUUCCUACGAGGAGGUGAUGAAACUGAUGCAGGAGGAGCGGCGAGGACCGCCGCCGCCGCCUCCCCCUCCGCCUCCGCCGCUCCCACCGCCAGCGGAGGUGGUGCAGUGAUAGAGGGCUCACUCACACGUGCACACUGCGGUCUGGAGACCGCGCAGCCAGGUAGCCGGGCCAUACACAGCGAGGUGGUGAGUACAUGGCGGAGAUUACCUACCCGCCUGUACAGGGUGCGACUGGCUGGACGCUGUAUGUCUGGAUGUGAUCGAUGUGACACGUACAGUGUGCGUGUCACACAUACUCCAAGAAGUAUGUGACAGGUUCGAUGUGACGGAUGUUAGAGCCUUCCGCUGGAAGAGUCGAUGAUCUGAUUAAAAGUUAACUGCGCUCCAUAGCGCGUGGUCGAUGGUUGACCACGUACCAACACUGCUGAUCAAAAUAAGACGACGGCAUUUAAAACGCGCCAACUAAGGCGUACGUUUGUCGCUCAAAGUUGACAGUCCUCUGAGCUCCUGCGACUCCCUCAGACUCUUCUGGGUGGUUAAAUUGGUCAUUGGCCGGUGUCAUGGCUAACGCAGGCUGUUCUGGUAGGAAGGAGGGGGAGAGCGUACGAAUGCUCCGGAUUGCCGGGAAAGUACCGGGGUAGUGAUUCAAUGCUAUCGGUUUUCAAUGUCCCCGUGGAUGAUGCUGAACAGUACUCGGUAUGUAACUAGACUCAAAUGAGAUUGGCUUUGAUAGCCAUUGUUUACCUUUUGGAAUGUGCUCACUUUCCAAUGUUUAACUGCACCCAGUCCACAAAGCGGUUGUGGUAUUCUCUUACUAGUUGCACAAUAAGCUAAGCAAAACUCAAGAUGUUCCUUUUAUUUUCGCAUGCAUUUUUCAUAAUAAGGCACAUGCUAUUUGAGUAAAUGGCAAUAUUGUAGGAAGCGACAGCGUUCGGUUUUACUGUUUCGAUUGUCUAUUUUGCUCGUGUCUGUGUUUAUUGUCAUUAGGUGUUUGGAUUGGGUGUUUUGCCAUACCGUUGGCGUCCGAAGAAAACUGAAGUCUUCUACGAGGAGCUUUACCGUCAGACUUGUGUCGGGCCGGCAGC